UUACUCACUUACAGAUCCCACUUGAAGAGAUUGUAUCUGCCACCAACAACUUUUCUGAUGCAAAUCUCAUUAAAGGAAGUGAUCUGGGAAAGGCUUACAAAGGACAACUCUUGCGGUCGGGGCAACUGAUUGAUAUAGUGGCACAGAGGUUUGAUUAUGUACACAGGGAUGGAGACGUUGAGUUUUUGAAGGAGAUUUCGAUGCUUUCUAAACUCAAGCAUAAUAAUGUCGUCUCCAUAGUUGGUUUCAAUGAUGAAUUUGGAAAGAUCAUCAUCUACAAGCAUGAGACCAUUGGAAGUCUCGACACAUUUCUUAGAGAUCCGAACCUCACAUGGAUGCGCAGAUUGCAGAUAUGUGUUGGUGUUGCGCAUGGAUUGGGUUACAUUUAUUAUGAUAAAGGACGCGAUUUUAGCGUCAUACAUUGUGAUAUCCGGAGUUCCAAGAUUUUAUUAGAUGCCAACUGGGAAGCCAAGUUAUCUGGUUUUGAACUUUCAAUGAAACAGGCAUCACGUGGAAGGAAUGAUCUUUGUUUUACGGAUGUUUGUGGUACGCUGGGGUAUCGUGACCCAGUAUACGAUAAGAGUGGAAGUGUGACCCACAAGUCGGAUAUGUAUUCCUUUGGCAUAGUUUUAUUUGAAGUACUAUGCGGAAAGAAAGCCGUAGAUGAGGAGGAUAAUAGGCUAUUAGCUCCAAUUGCCAAAUCCCACUAUGAAGGGGGGGGACUAGAUGUUAUGAUCGAUCCGGGUCUACAUAAACAAAUGGACCCACGCUCAUUUCAAAUUUUCUCAGAAGUAGCGUACUAUUGCUUGAAAGAAGAGCGCUCACAACGACCAAACAUAAAUCAGGUUGUCAUGAAUCUUGAGAAAGCGUUGGAAUAUCAAUGGAAACAUGUAAAUCGUUUGAUAUUAAAGGCUUCCUUUGAAGGCACAACUUCCAAGAACUUAAAGGGGAAAGACAUAAAACACUUAGAGAUCCCACUCACUGAUAUAGAAAAUGCCACCAAGAAUUUUGCUAAAACAUACGUGAUUGGGUCGGGCGGAUAUGGCGAGAAACGUAAUCCGAGCGUCCAACCGCAGAAGUCGUCAUCAAGAAACUUGAAGAAGCACUAUCUUUUCAAGAGGGAAAUUUAA